AUGGUUUUCUCAUCAUCUGCAACUGUUUACGGGCAACCUUCAAAAAUUCCUUGUGUUGAGGAUUUUGACCUUGUAGCUUUGAAUCCAUAUGGCCGUACAAAGCUUUUCCUUGAAGAAAUUGCUCGAGAUAUACAUAUAGCAGACCCAGAUUGGCAAAUUAUUCUACUGAGGUACUUCAACCCUGUCGGGGCUCAUGAGAGUGGGCAAAUUGGUGAAGAUCCCAAAGGCAUCCCAAACAACCUCAUGCCUUACAUACAGCAAGUAGCUGUUGGAAGAUUGCCUGAGCUUAAUGUUUAUGGUCAUGAUUAUCCCACCAAGGAUGGUACUGCGGUAUGUAAAAUCCAUCAAGAUUGUUUUUCUUCAAGAUGA